UGCCCCUCCCGCGGAAACCGCCGGGCCUGCAACCCGUCUGCUCCUGCAAACCUAUGCGAUGACUGAAGCGCAGAGGAGGCGAGUGACUGGCCCAAGGUCACACGGCAGACAAGUGGUGGAGCCGGGAUUGGAACCCGGGACCGUCUGAUAUCCCAGGCCCGGGCCGUACCCUCGCCGCCGUGCCGUGCGCCUGCAGGAUGCUCACAGUCCGGCCCUCCUCAUCGAUCGCUCAAGUCUUCUAGACUGACUACCGCCUGUAAGUGGAAAACCAGUGAAGAGAAGAACGAUGUUUCCCCUGAAAAACGCUGAAAUCGGCGCCUUUACAUUCUUUGCCUCAGCUCUGCCUCAUGAUGUGUGUGGGAGCAAUGGCCUUCCUCUUACGCCGAAUUCCAUCAAAAUCUUAGGGCGUUUUCAAAUCCUCAAGACCAUCACCCACCCAAGACUUUGUCAGUACGUGGACAUCUCUAGGGGAAAACACGAGAGACUGGUGGUGGUAGCAGAACACUGCGAAAGAAAUCUGGAAGACUUCCUGCGGGAGAGGAAACCGGGAAGCUGCUUGCAGGUAUUGCAAAUCGCAUUCGAGGUCCUGCAGGGCUUGCAGUACAUGAACCAACAUGGCCUGAUCCAUCGGGCCCUAUCUCCUCACAACAUCCUCUUGGACCGAGAGGGACAUGUUAAAUUGGCUAAGUUUGGACUUUACCACAUGACAGCCCAUGGCAUUGAUGUUGAUUUUCCUAUAGGGUACCCAUCCUAUCUGGCACCCGAAGUAAUUGCCCAAGGAGUCAUCAGAGCCGGCGAUCAUGUGCCAAGUGAGAAGCCGUUACCCUCUGGCCCCAAAUCUGACGUGUGGUCUCUUGGCAUCAUUUUAUUUGAACUUUGCAUGGGAAGAAAAUUAUUUCAUAGCUUGGACAUUGCUGAAAGGCUUAAGUUUCUACUAACAUUAGGCUGCGUGGAUGAUACUGUGAUCGUCCUGGCUGAAGAACAUGGAUGCCUAGACGUCAUAAAGGAGCUCCCUGAAAAUGUGAUGAGUCUGUUGAAAAAGUGUCUCACAUUCUAUCCUUCAAAGAGACCAACCCCAGAUGAGUUACUACGGGACAAGAUGUUCAGCGAAGUGUCCCCUUUGUACCCCCCCUUCCACAAACCUGCCGGCCUGUUUUCACCUUCUCUGAGAUGUGCUGAUUUAACUCUUCCUGAGGACAUCAGUCAGCUGUGCAAAGAUGGAGAUAGCGAUUACCUAGCAGAAAGAUCCAUUGAAGAAGUUUAUUAUCUGUGGUGUUUAGCUGGUGGAGACUUGGAGAAGGAGCUUGUCAACAAGGAAAUCAUUCGAUCAAAACCGCCUGUCUGCACACUUCCCAAUUUCCUCUUUGAAGACGGUGCGAGCUUCGGUCAAGGACGCGAUAGGAGCUCCCUGUUGGAUGACACGACUGUGACCUUGUCACUCUGCCAACUGAGAAAUAGACUGAAAGACGUCGGUGGUGAAGUGUUUUACCCUUUGCUGGAAGAUGACCGGACUAAUCUACCCCACUCCAACAGUAAUAAUGAGCUGUCUGCAGCUACCACACUCCCUCUGAUCAUCCGAGAGAAGGACACGGAGUACCAGCUAAACAGAAUUGUGCUAUUUGACAGACUCCUGAAGGCCUAUCCAUACAAGAAAAAUCAAAUCUGGAAAGAAGCCAGAGUUGACAUUCCUCCUCUCAUGAGAGGAUUAACCUGGGCUGCUCUCCUGGGAGUUGAGGGUGCCAUUCAGGCCAAGUAUGAUGCCAUUGAUAAAGACACUCCAAUUCCUACAGAUAGACAAAUUGAAGUCGAUAUUCCUCGCUGUCAUCAGUACGAUGAAUUGUUGUCGUCCCCGGAAGGUCACGCGAAGUUCAGGCGCGUAUUAAAAGCCUGGGUGGUUUCCCAUUCUGAUCUCGUAUACUGGCAAGGCCUUGAUUCCCUUUGCGCUCCAUUCCUCUACUUAAAUUUCAACAACGAGGCUCUGGCUUAUGCUUGCAUGUCAGCUUUUAUCCCCAAAUAUUUGUAUAACUUCUUUCUGAAAGACAACUCACACGUCAUCCAAGAAUAUCUGACGGUGUUCUCUCAGAUGAUCGCAUUCCAUGAUCCGGAGCUGAGUAAUCAUCUCAAUGAGAUUGGCUUCAUUCCAGAUCUUUAUGCCAUUCCUUGGUUUCUCACCAUGUUUACACAUGUCUUUCCAUUGCACAAGAUCUUCCACCUCUGGGACACAUUACUUUUGGGGAAUUCCUCCUUCCCAUUCUGCAUCGGAGUAGCCAUUUUACAACAGCUGCGGGACCGGCUUUUAGCUAAUGGCUUUAACGAGUGCAUUCUCCUCUUCUCCGACUUACCAGAAAUUGACAUAGAACGUUGCGUCCGUGAGUCAAUCAACCUGUUUUGCUGGACUCCGAAAAGCGUGACCUACAGGCAGCACGCGCAGCCUCCGAAACAGACCGUCGAUCUCAACGGCGGCGGGAGAAAUUCAGCGCCCUAUUUCUCAGCGGAUUUCCAAGAUGCUCCAAUGACAGACCUGUCACGAGAAGCCAUCGACCUGGAUGAUCUGAAAUCUGAGGUAUCACCCCGAAUUUCAGCCGAGGACCUGAUUGAUUUGUGUGAGCUGACGGGAUUGGGCCACUUCAAAACUCCCAUCAAGAAAACCAAAUCCAACAAGCCAAAGCUGCUGGUGGUUGACAUCCGAAACAGUGAAGACUUUAAUCGCGGUCACAUUCCAGGAAGCAUCAACAUACCGUUUAGCUCAGCACUCGCUGCGGAGGGAGAACUCCCUCAGGGCCCGGCCUCAGCCACGCUGCACAACUUCAGAGGGAAAGUCAUUGUCAUCGUGGGACACGUGGCCAAGCACACAGCCGCGUUUUCAGCUCACCUGGUGAAGCACAGAUAUCCAAGGGUUUGCAUCCUUGAUGGGGGCAUUAAUAAGAUCAAGCCAACUGGUCUUCUCACAGUUCCGUCCCCUCAGAUUUGAGAAUGGUCAAGAAUGGUCUAGUACAGAGUAACAGAACGGUGGCUUGUGGUCUGUAAAUAGGCUGGAUCUUCAGCCCGUUAUCAUUUGGAAAUGAUAUUUACAGCAGAGAGAAUCGGUAAUAUUUCCAUUCCAAUGUGUCAGAAGGGAACCCCAAAAAGAAUCCACGACUUCACUGUUUGGCUCCCUGGGUGGCACGCUGUGUUUAUUUCAAAAGAGAUUUCCUCACCCGUGAAAUGUAAUCGAGUUCUAAGCCAUUCCCACAAGCAGAACCCAGCGGACAGCUUUGGAGUAGUAAGGAAUAUUGGUGCUUUGAAGACAACUCUUUUAGCAAUCCACCAGAAGAGGUUAUUUCAAGCACAAAAAUUGGAAGCUGCAGACCAAAAUCAUCCUGUUCCUCCAUUAAUGGACAUUUGGAAGAGGCUCACAGUUCAUUUUUGAAAAACAAACGCUCAAGCGAGUGAUUCACUUCAGAGCCGGACAAAUGGUUUGUGUUUCUUGGAGUCCUAUAAAAUGUAGCCAACGAACAUUCCAGGAAAAGUAAAAGAUGUCCCUUGACUUUAUGCCCCUCCACCCCAACCCCUUUUUUCAAUCAGAAAACUUACCCAUUUAACUUGAAUUGUCUCCUCAGUUCCAUACGGCCUCCGCGGAACAUUUCAAUGCUGACCUUCAGUGACGCUCUCUGAACUGAGAUCCUUUUCAAAUGAAGUGCUAUAAGUGAAGGUCAGGCUAUACUCUGAUCCUUGGCAAAUGGUUUGGCCUGGCAAACAAUAUCACUGGUGUGCUCUACAGGCCUAGAACUCAUGGGAAUUGGAAAAAUUCACUGGCUUCCCUCACAUUCUCCUUUUUAGGACAUCACUCUGAUUAGAGAUGAACAGUUAGGUCGCCUCGUUCCUUGCCAGCUAAGCUUCACUUCCUGUCCUUUCUGAAGAAUUUCAGGAGUGCCAUUUGUACU